AUGUUCAUCAGCAGUUCCCUCUUCAAGCUUUAUUCAACGGCUGUAACUCCCAUUUUCCAGCCAAACCCUUCCCUCCACCAAAUUAAACAAGCACAUGCCCGCCUCAUCGCUGCCGGUAAUGGCGGCGACAGCCAUCUCACUGGCCAACUCCUUGCCGCCUUAGCUCAGUCCCGAUCAAUCCCAUUUCAGUAUUCUCUUUCCAUUCUUCAUUCAACUCAAAACCCAUCUCUUUUUGCUAUCAAUAACCUAAUCCGAUGCUUCGCCAAGAGCAAAUCCCCUCACGAAGCGAUGUCCCUCUACUCGUUUAUGUUCAAAAAUACCUAUUUUCGGCCUAACAACUAUACGUUUCCUUUUCUGCUUCAAGCUUGUGGUAAUUUUAAGGGAAUCGUUGAAGGAACGCAGGUCCAAGCUCAUGUUGUAAAGCUUGGAUUUUACAAUAAUGUGUAUUCUCGAAAUGCUCUAAUUCACUUGUAUUUUGCUUCUUGUGAGAGUAAAUGUGCGAAAGAGGUGUUUAAUGAGAGUCCAGGGUGUCGAGAUCUGGUCACAUGGAACGUCAUGAUGGCGGGGUAUGCAAGAAUGGGCCAGAUAGAUGAUUUAGAGAAGAUGUUCGAUGAAAUGCCUGAGAAAGAUAUUAUAUCGUGGAGCUCAUUGAUAACAGGUUACGUGCAGAACGGAUAUUUGGAACAAGGGUUUGACUGUUUUAAACGAAUGAGGGAUCUUGGAUUGUUACCCAACGAAGCCAUUCUGGUGAUGGUUCUUUCAGCAUGCGCUCAAUUGGGGUUGAUUGAAAAGGGUAUACUGAUUCAUUCAAUCAUAGAUUCAUUCGAUUGCCCCAAGACCGUCCACAUUUGGAAUGCCCUAGUUGACAUGUAUGCUAAAUGUGGGAACAUCGAUAAAGCUCGCCAAUUGUUCGAUAAAAUGCCCCAAAAAGAUAUUUCAUCAUGGAAUGUCAUGAUUUGUGGAUUUGCCACAUAUGGACUAGCCAUGGAAGCCAUUGAACAUUUUGAGAAGUUCCUGAUUGAAGGACGUACUCCUGAAAAUGUGACCUUUAUUGGCGUCCUAAAUGCAUGUAGCCGAGCAGGUUUAGUUGAUCAGGGUCGUCAUUAUUUCAAGCUAAUGUCCCAAAAAUACAACAUUGAUCCUGAAAUGGAGCAUUACGGUUGCAUGGUUGAUCUUCUAGGUCGUGCAGGUUUGAUAGCUGAUGCCAUUGAAUUGGUUGAAAAGAUGCCAAUUCCACCAGAUCCUGUUUUGUGGGUAACCAUUGUUGCUGCUUGCAGGACACAUGGAUUAGUAGAAUUUGGUGAAGGAACUGGUAAAAAACUAAUCCAGUUAGACCCAAAUCACCAUGGAAAUUAUGUACAGUUAUCUAGCAUUUUUGCUAAGUCAUGUAAAUGGGAAGAGGUGUUAACAACUCGAGGUUUAAAUUCAAGAAAGGUUCCAGGAUGGAGUUUGAUUGAAGCACAGGGAAAGAUUCAUCAAUUUGUUGCAGGAGAUAGAGAACAUGAAAGGACUUCAGAAAUUUACAAGAUGGUCGAUAGGAUGAACACCAAGAUUGUAGAGGCUGGCUAUUUGCCAAAUAUUUCAUCGGUUUUGCAUGAUUUAGAGGAGGAAGAAAAGAUUAACUCAAUCAAAGAGCACAGUGAGAGGUUGGCAAUUGCUUUUGGUUUGUUGAUAACCGAGGCAGGAACUUGCAUUCGCAUAGUGAAGAACUUAAGGGUUUGUGGGGAUUGUCAUGAGAUGACCAAAAUUACAUCAAAGGUGUUUCAGAGGGAGAUUAUAGUGAGGGAUGGCAGCAGAUUUCACCAUUUUCAGGGAGGCAACUGUUCUUGCCAGGAUUAUUGGUAGAGAAAUGGCCUGAAGGAAGAAAACCAAGUGUUUUGUUUCAAGAAGUAGUUCUGCAAAAUGGUAUGAUGUCAUCCUCUGAAGUGCAUCAUCAUACUGGUCUCACGGCCAUUAUGAGGAGGUAAAUCACAUCAUCCCUGGAGUGCCACCAUCAUGCGGCCAUUACAAGAGGGUUAAAGGGCCGGAUGUUUCAAGCCAAAGUUGUUACUAGAAAGGUAUUGUUCAUCUUACUUGCUUACCCCUCUUUGUCAUACUUUCUGUAACUUGGCUUAAUUUUAGAUCAGACUUGUAGACACCAAUUUUUUUAUUAUAAUUCCCAAAUUGGUUAUAGUUUUUGC